ACCACCCAUACCACCACUAUCAAAUUCUACUCCCCUCUGGAGAUUUUCCAAACUUUCGCUCUCCAGGAAAAAAAAGGUUGUACAGUUCCGCCAUGGACGCGGCUUCACAGCUCGUCUACUGCGGAAUCGAUCCCUUUCGUCGCCGGUCUCCUUCUCAACUCUCAAUUAGCAGGAACAAGGUUCGGUUUCGCCGGCGGCUCAGUCGGGUUACCGCGGUUUCUGCGGAACCCAGACCCACGCGGACUUCGUCUCCUCCAGCAAGUAAUGUCAAUGGCUCAUCCAGGUCUUCGCCGCCAAAAUCCGUCAAUGGUGUCUCUACGAAAAUUGGCGAUGUUUCUCAGGAGAUUAAAAGGGUCAGGGCACAAAUGGAAGAGAACGAGCAGUUGGCAUCACUCAUGAGAGGCCUUCGAGGACAAAAUUUAAGAGAUUCAUUGUUUGCUGAGGAUGACGUCCAGCUUCGUCUUGUUGAGGUUGAUGAAAGUAGUGAGUUCUUGCCCUUGGUUUAUGAUCCUGCCAGCAUUUCCGCAUAUUGGGGAAAACGGCCGCGUGCUGUAGCAACACGCAUUGUCCAGUUGUUAUCUGUUGCUGGGGGGUUUCUUUCAAGACUUCUCUGGGAUGUGGUUAACAAGAAGGUUAAGGAGAAUGAAGUUGCUCGAGCCAUUGAAUUGCGGGAAAUUGUAACAUCUUUGGGUCCAGCUUAUAUAAAACUUGGUCAAGCAUUGAGCAUUCGACCUGAUAUACUGUCACCUGUUGCAAUGACGGAGUUGCAAAAGCUUUGUGAUAAGGUUCCUUCAUUUCCAGAUGAUAUAGCAAUGGCUUUAAUUCAAGAGGAACUUGGUCAACCCUGGCAAAACAUCUAUUCUGAACUUUCAUCCUCUCCCAUUGCUGCUGCAUCUCUUGGACAAGUAUACAAGGGCCGUCUAAAGGAAAAUGGAGAUUUGGUAGCUGUUAAAGUUCAGAGGCCUUUUGUUCUUGAAACUGUUACAGUCGAUUUGUUCAUUAUUAGGAACCUGGGUUUGUUUCUUCGGAGGUUUCCUCAGGUCUCUUUAGAUGUGGUUGGCUUGGUUGAUGAGUGGGCGGCUCGCUUCUUUGAGGAGUUAGACUAUGUUAAUGAAGGUGAAAAUGGGAACCGUUUUGCUGAAAUGAUGAAGAAAGACCUACCUCAGGUUGUCAUACCAAAAACAUACACUAAAUAUACAUCCAGGAGGGUUCUUACCACAGAAUGGGUUGAGGGAGAGAAGCUGUCACAGAGCACAGAAAGUGAUGUUGGAGAACUCGUUAACGUUGGAGUUAUCUGCUACCUGAAACAGCUGCUUGACACUGGAUUUUUCCAUGCUGAUCCACAUCCGGGGAACUUGAUCCGUACGCCAGAUGGGAAACUUGCCAUACUUGACUUCGGGCUUGUUACGAAAUUGACUGAUGAUCAAAAGUAUGGGAUGAUUGAAGCAAUUGCUCAUCUCAUCCAUCGGGAUUAUCCAGCCAUUGUUAAAGACUUUGUUAAACUUGAUUUCAUUCCAGAUGGUGUCAAUUUAGAGCCUAUCUUGCCAGUUCUGGCUAAAGUAUUUGAUCAGGCACUUGAAGGUGGAGGAGCAAAAAAUAUCAACUUCCAGGAAUUGGCAGCAGAUUUGGCACAAAUUACAUUUGAUUAUCCUUUUAGAAUACCCCCAUACUUUGCUCUUAUAAUUAGGGCCAUUGGGGUUCUGGAAGGGAUAGCUCUGGUUGGGAAUGCUGAGUUUGCCAUUGUUGAUGAGGCCUAUCCAUAUAUUGCUCAGAGGCUCCUAACGGAUGAAUCCCCUCGGCUGCGGAAUGCUCUGCAUUACACUAUAUAUGGGAAAUCUGGAGUUUUUGAUGCUGAAAGAUUUAUUGAUAUCAUGCAAGCCUUUGAGAACUUUAUUACUGCAGCAAAAAGUGGAGGUGGAGAGAGUCUGAACGGAAAUAUGGCUGAGCUUGGAAUUCUUCCUGGUCAGACACAGUAUCUCUUGCCUGGAUUCCAGUCUGUUGUGCCAGGAUUCCAGUCUGUUGUCCCCCAAUCACAGCAGCCAGUGCAAACAAGGGCAGCUUUAGCAUUUUUGCUGUCUGAUAGGGGCAAUUUUUUCCGAGAAUUUCUUCUGGAUGAGGUGGUCAAGGGUAUUGAUGCUCUUACAAGGGAACAACUUGUAAGAAUAAUGUCAAUAUUAGGAAUUCAGAAUGCUACCCCAGUUUUCAGUAUGGUACCUGAUGUUGGCCCGUUCAAGCCCUCAGCUCUAAUACCCACCAUAACUGAAGAGGAUGAAAUCAUACUGAAUAAUGUCCAGAGAAUACUGGAAUUCUUGACUGCAGGAAGUUCAUUAUCAAGCACCUCCAAUCAGAAUGUUGCUCAGAUUAUUCAAGAACUCGUACCAGUGCUGCCGGGAAUCUCUGCCAAAGUUCUUCCCGAAGUUCUCAACAGAUUAUCUUCUCGGGUGUUGGCCAGAAUAAUACGCGAUACAUUUUUGUGAUUUUUUCCCACCCAACUCCUUAAGGCCCCCAAUUGUGUAUAUCGAACAGAAUGCACAUAUAACCAUAUAAGUUAAGCAAUAAAUGUUGUUACACUUUUUUAGAA